GAUCCUAGGGGGUGGCCCAUACCGAUUUUUAUAAAUUGUCUUAAAAAGAUGAAAUUCGGUAUGGUGAUACUUAAUGGUCUCGUAUGGAAGUAUAUCAAGUUAAAAGCGAACAAAGUGGAACCAGAGUAGCCUAGGGGGUGACCCAUACCGUUAAAAGUAGCUAUUUUAAAAAUUGGUAACUGAUAUUCGAGAAAUUGGUCAUACUUGAAUUGGCGAGAUGAGAAGAAAUAAAAUUAAAGUGAAAGCUAUUCAUUGCGUUUUCUAUACAGUUCAAAAAGGCACGCAAAAAGGCAAAUAGGCAAAUAGCAACAAAUAGCAACAAGGCUGACUUUUUGCACACACUGGUCACCCCCAUUGGUUUGGAAAACGGGCGUAGACGACUAAAAGUUGGCGUGGUCCUGCAGGGUUAGAUUAGCUUAAUAAAUGUAAAGUAAACUUUAAGAUUUUUUUGCCAGGAGGACCCAGUGGGGUUUUUGGAAUUGGUUAAAGAAGCUGCAAUUUUGCAGCGACGAUUGCGAAUAAUUCGCAAUCGACAAAAAUUUCCCCAUAAUGACCGGUACCAACUACUAUUAGUAGUUGGUUUUAAAGCCGGGACCCGUUGUGGGCCCCAUAUCGAUUUUCAGAACUUGUCGUAAAAAGCCGAAAUUCGGAACGGUGAUACUUCAAUUGCUUCCUCUGAAAUUAAAUGGAGUGAAAGAUGUACAAAAAAUAACCAGAAGGGCUACUAAUACCGAUUUCAAAGAGUUUAUAUGUUAAGCUAAAAUUUAGUGUAGAGUCGAAAAAUAAAUUUGGAUUAGAAUUUAGGAGGGUUGAAUUUCGAAAUUUAUAUACGAACAGCCUCCACUGCUCGUGGUAUUUGGUGCCAAGCAAUACUACCAAGUGAGUCACUUGAAGUGACGUUAGUUAAUGCACGAAUUAGUGAAAAACAGUAUAAUAUUCUGACAAACAUAGGUUUACUAAUCAAUCCUGGUUCGGGCUAAGCAAAGCUGUACGCAUAGGUUUUUGGUAAUGAAAGAAAAAUUAAAGAAAAAUUAUUCAAAAUUUUUAUACAAGAUUACUCAAGUUUUUUUUAGUAACAACGACGUCACCUGUGUUUGGAUCAUGAGCUCUGAUUUUUCUUCAUCCGCAAUAAAUACAUAAAACUUCUCCUUAAUCGUCACCCUCCAAAUUAAUAAUGUGAGAAAAAUUUAGUACUUACAAAAAUCUUACUUUCAAAUAAUAAAAAUGUUCAAUUUUUAAUGAUACAUAUGUGCGUGCAGUAGUUUUUGACAUGUUUUCCCUUGGUGAUGAAUAAAACAACCCCUUAAUCAUUACCAAAAAAUAAGACACCUUACGAGUUACGAUUUGUCUCCAAAUUAUUAAGUAUGCAGAUUAAUUGCUUCCACAUCGACUAUGGAUUCUUUUCCGGGAUGGAUUGUCUUCGUUAGCUUCACUUUUAGUGUGUUUUCAGGCUGUUCAAAUUUAUUACUCCCGUUUGAAAUUAGUCUCAAUCCGAAUGAAGUGAAGUUCUACAUAAGGAAUUCUCAAAGUGGUCUCGAAGAAAUUAGGUACAUGGACAGCAAUUCUUUGAAUUCGAGUCCCUACAGACGUGGAGAAUUAACAGUUUUUCUUAUCCAUGGGUUUCUAACAAGAGUUAAUAUAACGGGAAAUAGUGGAAGUUUUAUCAAGAACAAGAUGAGCUCGAUGAACCCAAAUAUUAUUUUUGUCGAUUGGUCCGCUCUUUCAGGGCGGGUAAUUUCACCUCUCGACUUACCCCUGUUGUGUCAUCGAUUUGGAUAGAAUUCACGUGAUUGGAGUAUCCUUAGGAGCCCAGUUUGCGGGACGGAUAGGAAGUGAUUUCCAGCUCGGGAUGGGAGGCAGGAAGCUGCC